AUGUUCAAUCAACUACUCGAAUUUAGGAAUUAAAAACUUUUAGUUUAAGCUCUAACGUUUAAAAUUCAUGAAACAGAAUACAUAUAAAAAACUGGAGCUUUAUAUUAAUACGGAAAUAAUGAGGAUCUCUCUGUGACUGGACAAUAAUUUCUAGAAUUCUACUUUUAUGACUAUAUGAUGCUUUAAGGGUGAAUAGAUUAAUUUUAUCAAGAUUUCCAAGUUAACAAAGUCAAUUAAAAAAACCAAGUGACAUUAUUUAACUUAGACAAAGAUUGAUCAAUGAUAAGUAUCUUUCAGAGAUCGCUCUUCUAUUAAAUCUAUAAAAUCUUUUAUAUGUAGGAAACUAAAAAAUAUUAAAGUAUGUACAAAAUUUAAAUUUCAUAGAACUAAUCCUAAAGUAUUAUCAGAGUGCGUUAAAUCAAUUAUAGCUGCAUAAUAUUUUGAUAAAUAAAAUGAUCUUGAGGCUUUAAGAGAUAUUAUUCAUCCGGUUGUAGUACAACUACUGAACAAGUAUCAAUUAUAAUUUAUAUAUAGAGGCGAGUAAAUAAAACAGAACUAUUGGAAAUAUAAUCCAAAAUCAUCAUUUUUAGAAUAUCUUAAUUAAUAUAAAGGUGAAUUAGAAUUAAAGCCUAAAUUAACUAUAGAAUGGAAAAAGGAUGAUGCACUUUUAAAUUAAAAUAAAUCUUUGUAUUAAAUUACAUUAGAAUUAAAUAAUACCUUAAAAAUAUAGAAAACAGGAAUAAAUAAAAGAGAUACAGAAUAAAGUGUUUAUUUAUAGGCUUUGCUUUAAUUAGGGAAAUAUAAUAUUAAUCAAAAUCAUUAAUAGAAAUAGUAAAUCAUAAAUACAGAAAUUCCGUAAAAUUUUAUCGAAUUUGAACUCUCAACUUCUUUAGAUACAAAUAUCAAUAAUCAAGAUUUAUCUUUUCAUAGUUUUUAUAAGUAAGCAGAAAAACAAAAAGUAAAUUUUGAUUAAUAAUUUAACCUUUUGUUAGAAUAAAUGGCAAAUUACUGA